CGGGAGGAGGGCGGCCAUCUUGGUCACAAACACAAACAAGCGGCGAGAGGAGGAAGGAGCGCGAGACGCGGAGCCGCAGAGCCGUGGAAGCCGUCGCGGCCUCUUUCUCCUCCUCCUCCUCCUCCUCCUCGGCCCCCGCUCCCGCCCCCCGCCGCCUCGCCCACCCACCCACCCACCCACCCACCCACCGGCGGAGUGUUCCUUUGACGGGAGUCGAGCCGCUGGGCUUCGUCCUCAGGGGGGCCAAGCCAAACCACUUUCUUCUCCGGCCACCCCAGGCUCCGGAAGCCGCUUCGGUGGGAUCGUGCCUGCUGAGGGAGGAGGAGGCUGACCCACCCUCCCUGCCUCCUUCCUUCCUUCCUUCCUUCCUUCCUUCCUUCCUUCCUUCCUUCCUUCCUUCCCUUGCUCUUUCUGUCAGCUUCCCUCCUCCUGCCAAGGGCAGCACCUGCGCACGGGCUCCGUCGGGUCCUGGGUGGUUUCCUAACCCUCCCCCAGCCAGAGGGAGAGAGUCACGGGCAAGUUUUAAGAUCUCGGCUGUUGCUUGGGCUGCCUCCGGCUCUUGGGGGGUCUCCCAGGGCAUUGAGGAAGAGAGCGGAGGACGUCGCAGCCGGCCAGAGAGCCGCCCCAGGACAGGAGGAUGGCCGCUGAGAUGCUGAACUUCGGGCCAGAAUGGCUUCGCGCACUCUCCAGUGGGGGGAGCGUGGUUUCCCCGCCAUCCUCCCCUGCCAUGCCAAAGUACAAACUAGCCGAGUACCGAUAUGGGCGGGAAGAGAUGCUAGCACUUUACGUCAAAGACAAUAAGGUCCCUGACGAAAUCCAAGACCGGGAAUUCUCCGCCAUCCUGGAGGAGGACCCACUGCAGCCCCUGGCGUUGGUGCCGUUGACCGAAGAAGAGCAGCGGAACUUCUCCAUGUCCGUGAACAGCGUGGCCGUGCUGAGGCUGAUGGGAAAAGGGGCCGGGGUGGCCCCCGCGGGGGUCUCGCGUGGGAGAGGCAGCACGCGGAGCCGAGCAGGCCGCGGGCGAGGCGAGAGCGGCUUUUACCAAAGAAGCAUCGAGGAAGCAGAAGGCGGAGCCUUUGGCCGAGGAGGGGUCCGUGAAAUCCACCGCAGCCAGAGCUGGGAUGACCGAGGGGACCGGCGGUUUGAGAAGCCCAUCCGGCGGGAAGGAGCCCGGGCCCCCUUUGAGGAGGGGGCUCCCCCCAGCCGCAAAGACUUUGCCCGCUCGGACAGCGACAACUGGCGCACGCUGCGCGAGGAGCACGAGGAGGAGGAAGAGGGCGGCGGCGGUGGUGGCAGCGCAGGGGGCGGGUCAGGAGGAAGCUGGCGGCAGAGCGGGGGGUCCCGGCGAGAGAGCGAGCGAUGGCGGUCGGCCAGCCCAGAUGGAGGGCCUCGUUCGGCCGGGUGGCGGGAGCACGGCGGGGACGGGCGCCGGCGGAAGUUUGACUUCGACUUCCGGGAACGCGAGGAGGAGCCGCGGGGGGGACGUCGCCAUCGGCAGAGCAGCGACAGCUUUGAGGAGGAGAAGGACGGGCUGCCCGAGUGGUGCCUGGAGGACGAGGAAGAGGAGAUGGGCACCUUUGACUCCUCGGGGGCCUUCCUGUCGCUCAAGAAGAGCCCCAAGGAGUUGGUGUCAGAGGAGCAGGAGCUGAGUUUCCAGCCGCUGCCGGAGGAGCAGGAGGAGCAGGAGGAGCAGCCGCCGGAGGCCAAGGAGGGCAACCCCAGGACCAGCAGAGAGGUGCCCGUCAGCCCGACCGCCGUGGAGAGGGCAGAGAGAGAUCAAAAGGAGCCCCGGACCGGCCCAGAGGAGAAGAAGCUUCCUGCUCCCCCGGGAACCCCCUGGCAGCCCAGCCCUCCCUUCAUUCCUCUUGCCGCGACCACCGCCGCUGCCGCCAGCAACUGUGAAACCAUCAGGCCGGGGAACUCUUCCAAAGCAGAGAAGCUGGCGCUGCUGUCCUCUGGCAACUCGGACGCAGAGGCAGCGGAUGGUGACCCGGGCCCUCUCGGCUGCCCAGCCCAGCCCAGUCCGGCUGCUGUCUCUCCCCUUCCCGUGGCCCCGGCUGCUGCUCCUGCUGCUGAGUUCACCCUGGGUGACAACGAGGAUGAGGACGGGAUGAAGCACCUGCAGCAGGAAGCAGAGAAGAUGGUGGCCUCCCUGCAGGACAGCUCGCUGGAGGAGGAGCACUUCGGCCAGGCCAUCUCUGACCACCGCAACACGGCGGCCGCCUUGCCCCUCUCCCACGAAGCAGCCAUGAAGUGGUUCUACAAAGACCCCCAAGGAGAGAUCCAAGGACCCUUCACCACCCAAGAGAUGGCAGAAUGGUUCCAGGCGGGCUACUUUGCCAUGUCGCUCUUGGUGAAGCGGGGCUGUGACGAGGGCUUCCAGCCCCUGGGAGAAGUCAUCAAGAUGUGGGGAAGAGUGCCUUUUGCGCCCGGUCCAUCCCCCCCACCGUUGCUGGGGGUAGGUGACCCCCUCCUCUCGCCCCUCCAGGGAAACAUGGACCAGGAGCGCCUGAAGAAGCAGCAGGAACUGGCAGCCGCAGCCAUCUACCAGCAGCUCCAGCAACAGCAGCUGCUUCAACUCGUCAACAGCCGGCAAUACGCCCAGUGUGCCCUCCAGCAGAAGGUGGCGUCGGGGGAUCUGGCCCAGCAGCAGCAGCUGAACACCUUCCUCCAGCAGCUGCAGGCUCUCAAGCCCAGAGCUGGAGAGCAGGGCAUGAUCCCCUCCAUGAACCGAUCCAUAUCUGUGCCAGACACUGGAUCCCUCUGGGACACACAUACCUCAGCCUCACCGCAAGCAGGCGGUGAAGCCAGUUUGUGGGAUAUUCCAAUUAAUUCUUCAACUCAGGGUCCGAUCUUAGAACAACUUCAACUACAACAUAAACUGCAAGAGCGCCGAGGGGCCGAACUCAGGGCGAAGCGGGACGAGGACGAGCGGAAGCGGCGCGAAGAGGAAGAGCUCUACCGGCGCAAACAGGCAAGGCUGCCCUCCUCUUCCUCGUGGGGCCAGCAGUCCGUCAACGCCUCUUCCGGGCAGAGCAGCUUCAGCCUGGCCGACCUGCAGAAGCUGGGAGACACUCGGGCCUGCAGGGAACUGCGGGAGGAGUGCCGCCAUCAGGAGAUGCUGCAGAAACUCCUCCAGCAGCAGCAGCAGCAGCAGCAGAGCACGCAGCCCCUCUGGGGGGGCCUGGCCAAGCAGAGCCCCUCCCUGAAGGCCCUGCUGGAGUUACAGCAGGAGAGCGAGAGGCACCUGCAGAAGCCGCCCCAAACCCGGCCUCAGCAGCGAGCGCACGGCGGACACGGCCUGAGCAGCCUCUCCUCUCAGUGGGCUUCGGACGUGGGUUCGCUGUGGGGGGGCCACGACAAGGCCAGCACCCUCGGCCUCUGGGAGGAGAGCAUGAAGGGCCCCGGGCCCCUGGCCCGCAACCUGGGCUUGAGGAACAGCCGGAGCAGCCCCUCCCUAGGGGACGCUUACUCGGUCUCCAGCCGGCAGAGCAGGAAGAAAACGGACGAGGAGGAGAAGCUGCUGAAGCUGCUGCAGGGCAUCCACAAGGCUCCCCAGGACGGCUUCACCCAGUGGUGCGAGCAGAUGCUACACGCCCUCAACGCUUCCAGCAGCCUCGAUGUGCCCACCGUGGUCGCUUUCCUGAAGGAGAUGGAGUCGCCCUACGACGUUCACGACUGCAUCCGCUCCUGCCUGGGAGACACCCUGGAAGCCAAAGAGUUUGCAAAACAGUUCCUAGAGCGCCGUGCCAAGCAGAGAGCCAAUCAGCAGCGGCAGCAGCAGCAGCAGGAGGCCUCGUGGCUCAGCUCCAGCGGCCUGCAGUCGCUCUUCCAGGCCAACCACAGCCCCAAACCGCCAUCCUUCGAGAACAGCCAAGCCGUGAAGAUCAAGAGGCGCCCCGUGAUGCUGCAUGCAGACCCCAGCAUCCUGGGCUACGCUCUUCAUGGCGCCUCCAGCGAGCUGGAAACUGUGGAGGACUACUGAGCCCCUCCCUCCCUCCCUCCCUCCCGCCGUGGGACGUCCGUCCUCCCUGCCGCUGCUGCCUUGAUCUCACCCAUUUCAGUUCCAGCUGAGUGUGCCCUGCUGGAGGGUCCCCGAGGCAGGGCUGGGGGCCACGGGGGCCCCUGGCAAGUGAGCGUGAGGAUCAGCUGGGCCAGGCCAGACCGGAAGGAAGGCUGUUGCGCACUUCAUUCCUUAAAAAAAAGCACCUUAAACAACGCCCUCUUCUUCUGCCAUGCACUUUAUCCGAACUUUCGUUGUUUUGUUUUUUACAGUGACUUGUUACAGAUUGAGGAAAAAAAAAGGAAAAAAAAAAUUUUUUUUUUGAAAUUGUGAAAGAUUUUUUUUAAAAAAAAAAAGCUUAAAAAAACUACAAAAAAGUUUAUCUUUUAAAAAAACACUUAUUUUUCACAUGGGGAUAUGUUUAAAAAUGUGAAUGGUAAUUUCACAGAAGCUUGAUAUAAAAAGAUUUAUAAAAGAAAAAAAAACUUGAAGAAAUGCACUUAGAAAAAGGAUUUUUUUUAAAAAAAAUUGUUUGGAUAACUAUAGAUACAGAUGUAAAUAUUCUUCAGACUUCUCGAUCCGCACAGUAUAUUUUCUCUUACAAAGAGGCCAUUUUAUAAGAAGAAUUUUUGUUUUUGGUUUUGUUGAGUUCUUUUUUUAAGAAAAUUGCACAAAAAUGCCUCACUCCUCGUUUCCUUUUCUCUACCCCGCCCUGGACGGAACAAUUUUCUAUUGUGUUUGAUUUAAAAAAAAGAAAAACAGAAAAAAAAAACGAAAAAAACAACAACUGCAAAAAGAGGAAUCUACACUACUGUUGAAGCGGGUUGCUCCUCCAAGAAGCUGCUUUGAUCUCCAAGCCGAUCCCGGAUUCUGGCAUCUCCUCCUGGAUCUCCAGGAAUCUUCACGGAGCCCCCUCCCUCCUUUCCCCUUCCGGCCGGUUCCUUCCUUUCCUCGUCCGUCCGUCCUUCUACGGAGAUGCUCACGGCGGGCAGUUUUUCUCCAACGACCGGCGUGUGGACCGCGCACUUUUUUUCUAACACAGGAAAGCAAACGCCGGAUGUUGUGAGUCUACACGUGUCUCUGGGCCCUCCCCGUUUCAUGCAGGGAUGAGAAUCAUGAAUCGUCCUGCGGGUUUCCCUCCUGUGGCAUCCACGGUCGGUCGGAGCUCCCGGUGCACCCAAAGCCAAAUUUGAAUGUAUCCUACUUGGGUGAUACUUUUGGCUCCAGGCCUCCCUCCUUCCUCCCCCCCCCCCACCCAGAGUUGUCAGCAAUGGUGCUGCUCACCUGGGCACAAUUGUUGUGUGAGAGAGCAAGCGAGCGUGGGACUGUUUUUUGAAACGAGCUGGCGAGAGACGUGGUUCUCCCACUCUACGCCGGAGCUGUGAUGUUCGUAGCACAUUCUCCGUUACCUGAGGGGCUGCUUCCCGAUGUGCUCCUCUUCUUCUUUUUUUUUGUCUUUGUCUCUACACAAGCACCUGCUCGGUUUUUGGUUUGUCGCAAGGACCCUUUUUUCACUUACAACCCAGCCGGAGCCCUGGGGAUGGGGGCUGCUUUCGACACAGGGUACUCGGAAUAUUCAUGGAGGGUUCGUGCGCUCCUCCGCCUGGCGAUCUUGCCGACUUCCGAGGGCUCGACGGACCAGAUUGUGCCCUGCGCCCAGGCGCUCUCCUUUCCCGUUGGCCCCCUCCCCUGCCCGCCUGCCAAGAUUUCCCCCUUGCAAAGGUGAGAGGACCCGGAAGGCUUCUGGAAGUGGCCCCCAUGGCAUCUUGUGACAGUGGGGCAGGGACAGGAUCUGCACCCUCCCCCCCCCAAACGCGUCUCACAAAAACUCGGCGGCGUGAAGGACUCUGGAGCGCCAGAUGCCGCUUUCCUGCGGUGCGUUUUGAGAAUGGGGGGGGCAGGGGGGGGGAAGGGGGCACCUUUGGACUGCAGCAGCAGGAGGGGAAACCCCGCCUGGUUGUGACCAAAUGCCGAAAAGACUGUUUGGGGGUUUUCCGCCUUACGCCAAGCCAGGUAAGGCCCCCAGCCAGGCCUGAUGGAUCCUGUGUACAUCUGUGUGCGUGUGUCUCUGUCUGUCUGCACAUCUGCAAGAGAAUCCAAUACUGUGAUGCUUGGAGGGUCCCUGUUCUGCCAGGCGGACGCAAGUCGAACAGGAAGGGCGAGAGCGGAAGGCUGGUCUUGCUGGGGUGUGCCGGCCCCUCGCCCCCCCUGGCUCUUUGAAGUAUUGAGACCCUUGCGGGGGGGGGUCACUGUCCGCAGUCUGCCCCCUCCCCCAGGAGGUGAGCCGGAGCUGGGCGCCUUCCUGCAGCACUGGCUGGGGGCCCAGCGUGGAGUCCCCUUGCCGUGGGCGUCUGUGGGACACGUUGCCACCAGAAUGCAUGUGCAAAAUUGCUCCUCUGCCUGCCUUUGGGCCGGGGCUGCCUCCGACUCAGAAGCCCCCCUCUUAGCCUCCAGCUUUGCUUGCAAAUUGGUUUUUGGGGGGUCCUCCCCUUCUCGCUGACUCCCCCCUCUUUAUUUUUUUUUUUUGCACCAAACAUUGAGGAGGGAUGUGAAUUGUAAUAAUCCUAAGACAUUUUGUGGUUUUUUUUUUCUGUUUAUGUUAAUCAAGGUACGGGAAAAGUUUACAAAACAGGCUGAUUGUUUUCCGUGGGGGGGGGGGUGUCUCUGUCCUGGGAUUGGGGGGCAUCCCCCCCACUCAGCCCUGGAAGGUGGUUAUAGGGAGGGAGGGAGGGGGGUCCUUUCCCCUUUUGUCAUAGAAACCCCUUGUGUGUCCUUCUCUUUUUCAGCCUCUUACGAAUUGCGUCGGGAUUUUUCCCCGCGAACCGAACAAAAAUGGGAAACUUGUGUGUGCAAUUUCUGCCUUACUAGUUUUCGAGGAAAAAUAAUAGGGAUGGGGAGGGAAGAGUGUGAAGUUUGUUUUCAGUAUUAUAUAGCUUUUUUUAAUAUGAAAAAAUAUAUAUAUCUAGCAAUAAGGAGGGAAAGUUUCACCGAGAAUUGUUGUAGCACAUGCAAAAGCUGGCGUUGAGUUGCGAGGGAGUGGGGGGCUUACCUGGCUGCUGGAACAGGGGGUCCCUGCUUCCACCCGCCCACCCGGGUUGACUUCCGUAUCCCAUGCUCCACAGCCAGCAGCUUCUGAGUCGGGCCAGUCUGAGUAUUAGUACUACUGCUGCCAGUUCCUUUCAGACAAUAAUGCGUGUAAGAAGAGUUUCCUGUAGCAAUUUUUUUCUCCCUCCAUUCGUUGAAAUUUUGGGGCAACCAUUUUUUGGAAUGUGACUAUGAAUGUAUACUUGUGUCUGUCUUGGUCCCUUUUCGCAACCAUUGGGAGGGUUGUGGGAGGGGGUCUCCAGGGGUGAGGGGUGGGAGGAGGGUUUUAAUUUUGAGCUUGGUGUAUGCCAGAACAAAUAAUAGCUCUCGUGCAUGUCCAGUUAAGAGAGCCACAGCGAGCGAAGAAGGCAAUUACAACGCUAUGCAGCCGUCAAUGUGGUCUCCGGCUCAUCCUUUCCGAGGUGGGGGGCUCUUCCUGGGGUUUCCUCUGAAGGAAAACCUCGCUGCGCCCCCUCCCCUCCCCCAGGCUCCUGGAGAAGUGAGGGGCUCCCCCACUUUUUGCUUGUUCCAAAACUUUGUGACAACUUUUUGUGUGUUUCUGAUGCCUUAAAACUGUACCCACAAACUUCUACGGAGGGUCAGACCCAGGGGGCUUCCGCCUGAGGAGACCACUUGGUGAGGAAGACGGAGAGGCUGGACCGAGGCCAGCAGGCGAGAAGCCCUCGGAGCCGGGAAGGAGGCCUGGGAGCCUCGACUGGACGCCUGUCCACAUCCACAGCGGCAGCAACGGGAGCCUGGCCUUUACCCUCCCUGGUGUCCCACGCGAAAAGGGCCCAGCCGGCUCGGCCGCCAGCUCCGGCCACCAUCUACCUCCCCGCUGCAGCCGCUAUUCCCCCAGAGGCAGGCGAGGCCCGGACAUUGUCGUGGUCCAUCCUUCCCGAGUGUUACAAGAAACUGUGAUGGAGGCCCGAGGCCCUGGGGGGUCUCUGAGCUCCUACUGAGAGUGGAAAGAUGUUUACAGACUCUUCACCUUUUCCCGGCGCGACUGGCAGGGCCUGGGAGAGGGGCCACAACUUCCUCCCCCCCCCCUCCGCCCCCAUCUCGGGUGCCGAAUGUUUCCCCACGGACCAUCUGCCUGAAAGACUUGUGAGGGGCGUCCCCCCAAGCAGGCUGGCUGCCCACAGGACUUGGCUCUUCUGCCGGAAGACGAAGCCGCAGCCAGACCGGCCGAAUUGGACUGCGAGGGGCAGAAGGGGGGGCCUGCCACGGCUCUUCCUCCUUCCGGGUGUGGGGGCCAUCCACCUGCCUGCCUGCUGAGGAGGGGCUGGCCAGACCCCGUCUGCUUCUGCGCCUUAAACCGGCGGGGGGGGGGGGGGGCGCCUGCUGGUUGCACGCAUGACGGCUUUGCUCUCUUAACCUACAUAGAGACUGUUUGGCUUUUGCUAGUGGCAGACUAUCCAAAGGGGGCUGGACGAAGAGCCCCUUCCCCUCCUGUACAUAUCUCCCUAUAUUUUGCCGCGUGUUUUGUAAAUGGUUUUGCUUCCCUCCCUUUGCUCUGCGUGUCUGCAAGGAAAUAAAAGCUUAGAUGUU